AACCAUGCUCACCACACAUGAGUCCAGGGCACACAUGCUUGCUCACGUCCCCCACCUCAUUUCCCCCCAACUCCACUCACCAUUUCCUGUAUGGAAUGCAGUAAGACUUGCUUGAGGCCACACUCAUUUCCCCAUUCCCUCAGAUAAUGUGGAGAUAAGACAUUAGAGGAGGAGUUUACAGAUACCUUUAAAAUCCUGACUCUCAGUGCUUGCCAGAUCACUUCUUCUCAGUGUCCAACCCAGCGAAGAAGCAACUUAUCAAAACAAUGUACGGAGGAGUUUCAGAGGCCAAACCUGCCACCCCAGAAAUCCAGGCGAUUGUUGACAAGUUUCUGUUUCUCUCUUUCUUUCUCUCUUUCUUUCAUUCUUUCCUUCUUCUUUUCUUAUUUUAUGUCUUUCAGGUGGAUGUAGGGAGUGGCUGUUUCAUUCACAUAAAAGUCUUCAGUGGACCUUCUAAAAAAGAUAAUUUUGAACUUCAUGGUUACCAGACUAACAAAACCAAGGAUGACAAGCUGACCUACUUCUCAGGAACACAUUCUAAAGUGAUCUGAUUCCUUUCAUUGUAAAGAGAUUCAGCCAUGAAUAAAGAAACAUUCUUCAAAUAA